CUUCCGUAACACAAUUUACCACCAUGCCAUCAGCAGUUUUUGAAUUGCAACAAAAUACAACUACAACGUCAAGUGGAUCAAACGAAACAGAUUUGAACACAGCAAUCGUCAAUGCAACAACAAAUGAAUCAGUAACAACACCAAUCUCUGCGCCAACAUCAACCGCUACCAUGAAUGUCACGGAAGCUUCCAUCACGACUGUCACUACUGCAGUCACAGUUACCAAGUCAGAAACAGUUGCUACGCCAACCUCUGGUGGUGUCGCUGAUACGUCGGAAGAUAAAAAUAACCCAUUUUUAAAUGCUUCGUAACAAUAGCCGACCAAAGCGAAAAUCUCUUGCUACGGUUGGAAUUCAUAUGUUAUUACUGGAAUAUUCAC